GGAUCUAGACGUUAUGUCAUGUUCACCGGUAAUUUUAUUACGACGGAAUCGCGAGACCAAACACCCUUUUAAGUAGCUCAGACUAUCUCUCAUUUUUAUAGGUUUCAUUUGUUAUCAGAGUUCCUAACAGUUUGAGUUGAGUAAUCCAGUUUUUGAUAUGUUCUUCCGACGAGUCAUUACAAGCAAGAAUCAUUUGAAGAUCAGGGAAGAACCCAAGAUUCAGGAACAGCCGGCUAAAGUUCCAAAAUGGCGACAACUUCUAAAUCCAAAAAACAAAUAGCAGGUGAGAAGAAAAUAGUGAUCGUGGAAGGUCGGCAUCCACAAAAAAUGGUGGGUUCUAGUGUUGCUGAAGCAGCGUUGACUGAGGCUACCAACCAACACAAACAAACAGGUCGCAAACGUGAAAGAACUGAAGCUCAAAGGAUUGCACAUAGAGCCACUUGUAGGAAGUUUCGACUGAAAGAGAAAGGCAGGCGUACGGAACUCAAAAAGAUGGAGACCGAGUACUUUGAAAUGGUGCCAAAGUUCGAAAAGAUGAAUUCUGAAAACCAGCGGCUGAAAAUGGAGCUGGAGGAAAGCAUCUCUGAAAAUGAACGUAGGCGGAAGGAAAUCGAGGGACUGAAGAGAACUCUUGAGGAACAGGGGCAAAGCAUUAGUAUUUUGAACAAGUAUGUAGAAUUGUUUGCGUCGCAGACCUUUGAGCCAGUCUCCGACUACCCCAACAUAACUGCCUCUUCUGCUGUAUCCUCCCUUGGUGCAAAUCCUGACUUUUCCUCUUUGUUUGAUGCCCAAAAUGAUAAUCGUCUCUCUCUGCCAGCUGCCCCAAAUAAUUAUCUUGGUAAAUCAGGAGAUGGGGCUGGCUACUCUUCUGGUGCAAAUCAUAACUUUUCAAAUGUGUCGGAUGCCUUUGCCCCAAAUUGUCAUAAUAACAUUGUCGACUCUGCUACCGGAGUUGGGGCUGUCAGCUUUUCGGAUUACUUGCUGGAUGUGGUUGAUGUCCCAAAUCUUCCUGGUAACAUUGGCUCCUUCACUAAUGAUCCUGCUGACGGAGUUGGGACUAGCUUUGUUGAAGACUCGCUGAAUGUGGAUGAUGACCCAAAUCUUCAUGAUAACGCUGGCCCCUUCAUUGAUGGUCCUCCUGCUGGCAAUUAAGAUCUACGUUCUGAGAAAAUCCACAUUCCAAGGCGGUUUAGAGAUCUCUAUCAGCUCCUCACCUCAACCAGAUUCCUGCAACUUCUGCUCUUAUCGAUCUGUUAGUAGAACCACCUUGUCGGAAACUACACUAGUGUUGUACCGAGCAUGUCAACAAGCCAAGAGUUAUCUUCACCGUCUCUGACUCGGAGUCCAUAAAUAGUAUCUGGUGAUGGUACUUUCGUCAUUGUUUCUGUUUCUGGUAGUCGCUGCUUUGUAUGUUGAACAUAUAAAUAUUUUUGUUGUAUAUUUCAGUAACUAUUUGUUCAUUUUCAUAUGAAGUUGCAUGAAAUAAACAAUAGUGAGGUGACAUCUUUGUUCUACAUUCUCAUUCAUCCGUCCCUUAAAAUGCUCGAUCAUGGAAUAUUCCAGGUUGCAUGUUGACAAUAAAAUUGGUCAUACGUGAAGAAAUUCUAAGUUGCGUAGCAGAAAAUGUCUCUACUUCGUUUUCUGUAAGCCUUCGAAAUCGAGGUUGUGGCAAACAAAAAUUAUAAACCG